UUCUCUCUCUCUCAAAAUAAAUAUACUUAAAAAAAAACGGUGCCAAGGUUUAGGAUUGGGGCAACACUUUCUGCUAAAAGAGCAUCCCUCAUAUCUGCCCCUGUGAAUUUUGAGGAACUGGAAGAAAGGAAAGUAUGCAAUUUACCAGAAGCAAAUAUAUUAUGUUCCUCAUUUUCUUGCCCCCUUUGGUCAGGCAGUUAAGUUCAAAACAGCUGAUGUAGGAAUAUUCUUGAGAGGAAAAUCUGACUUUGUGGAUGUGCUCAGAAGUCAGAUAUUAUCUCUGCCUGAAUCAGUAUAUCCUUGGAAGCUUGAAACCUGAAACUUACAAAUUAAUUUUGAAUUUUGUUUGUGGUAUUUGCAAGUGAGGUUACAAUGGUUUAUUCAUGAAGUUCUCUGAAGCUAUUAGAUGUGGCAAAAGUAGAUGUCCAUUGUAUUUUAAGAUUGUCUCAGUUUUAUAUUAUUUUUUAUAUUUAUCAAAGCCUUAGACCUUAUUGAGUGGCUUUUAAACAUGUCUUUAGAUUAAUAAAUUCAUCACUCCAUUGAAGUCUCAUUUUCUGGAGGAAUAUGUUUUGUAAGCAAUAUUAUACAAUAAAUUUAAAAGAUUCUUCCUUUCCAGGUAUAAUGUUGACUCCCUGUUAGUAUUUUUCUUGUAUUCCAUUGAUGGAUUUGGAUAAAGCUAUUUCCAUAUAAUUAAAUCUGGUAUGUUAGGUAAUUUCUUUUGCAGGGUUGCUGCUCUCCUGUUCUGGGGAGCUCGUCCUGGGCCUGGGAAUUUUCUCUAAACUUGGCCUGGUUUUAAAGUUAGGAAGUUAAUUUUCCUGGUUCUGAAAUGGAGUGAUUUUCUAUUUUUGUGAUAAGUCUAGUUAAUUACCACUUUUUAUUGGCAAUGGAAUCUUCUCCUUUGCAUCUAGUGGUCCAGAUCAUUGUAUUCUAUGAUGUGAGCUCUUCACAGCAUGCUGCUGUGGCCCUCUAAUACACAAGCCUCUAUAUUCUGUCAGCUGUCAUUUUACAUGCACACACUGAGGAAAUUAGUUGGAAAAUAUUGGACUUUAUGGGUUUCAGGCAGUAAGGAAGCACUAGGAAGAGUGUUUGGAAGAUACUUCAUACUAAUAUGUCUUCUGUCUCCUUCAGUGCUAGGAAAAUAUGUUGGAUAAUUUAGUCAAAGAAGCACAAUCCCUUUUCCCAUUUGUCUGGAAAUAAUUAUUUAGAGGCGAUAUGUGCUCAGUGGAAGAAAGGUUUGGCAAGUAGUACAUAUUCUUUAGCUCGUUGAUGUUGGGAGCAUGUGUUAGUGAUCCUCUAAUAAAAAGCACAUGCUCAAAAAGUGGUUACUGUGUGUGUGUAGUAACUAUUCUUAAACAAUAUUGUGUCAUGGGAGGGGCUUCAUUUCGAGUGGGAAUAAUGGAUCAAUUUAAACCAAAGAACAUAGUUUGGAAUGGUGUUUUUUAAUAUCUAAUCCAGCCCUAAAAUAUCUAUUCAUAAAAUAUGGAAGGUUGGGAAUCCAUUGUACAUACUUAGAGGUCAUCGCCAGUAAAAUGCUAAAGUAGAUAAAUGGUGAAAUUAGUGUUAAUUAAUUUAAAUGUGGAUUUAGCAAAUAGAGAAAGAUAAAAAUAAAACUGCUUAGACACAGCCACAUCACCUGAUAAAAAUGUCAACAUAUUUUGCCACUUCUUUAAAGUUUUUUUCCACAUACUUACCAUGUUUACUUACUGGACCAAAAAAAAAAAAAAAAAGUGUGAACCCGGUUGAAUGUUCAAUAAAAGUUCAGAAUUAUAAUGUUUAUUUUUGCGACCUCAUCUCUUUUUUGUUACCUUUAGGGUUGGUCUCCUUAGACUUAAUUGACUUGACUUUAUAAAGUAUUACUUAACUACAAUUUAGACAAGAAUUUUUAUUUCAGGACCAAGACCAGUGUCUGGCACAAAGUGUGGUGAAGUUCUGAAUGCAGAUCAAACAAAUAAUAGAAGUCUGUUGAAGCUUUGUCCUGACCUAUUCUGGAAGUAGAAGAAUACCCUGGAGAAAGAAGCAUUGUAAGCACAAAGAGUAAGACUCCUCAAUCCUGGGAGAGAGAAUUAAAGUCUAACCCUCCAAAUGGCUAUUCUAAUGUGAUGCUGGGAUUGAGUUUACCUAGGACUCCAUAUCAAGGUUGACUCAAAAGUCUUGUAGAAGAUCUGGAAGAAAUAAGUAUUAAGUCAUGAUGCAGGAAUCUGCGACAGAGACAAUAAGCAACAGUUCAAUGAAUCAAAAUGGAAUGAGCACUCUAAGCAGCCAAUUAGAUGCUGGCAGCAGAGAUGGAAGAUCAAGUGGGGACACCAGCUCUGAAGUAAGCACAGUAGAACUGCUGCAUCUGCAACAACAGCAGGCUCUCCAAGCAGCUAGACAACUUCUCUUACAGCAGCAAACAAGUGGAUUGAAAUCUCCCAAGAGCAGUGAUAAACAGAGACCACUGCAGGAAUUGCUUCCAGAAACAAAAUUAUGUGUCUGUGGCCACUCUUCUGGUGAUGGGCAUCCUCACAACACAUUUGCAGUGCCUGUGUCGGUGGCCAUGAUGACUCCCCAGGUGAUCACCCCUCAGCAAAUGCAGCAGAUUCUUCAGCAGCAAGUCUUGUCUCCUCAGCAGCUCCAAGCCCUCCUCCAGCAGCAGCAGGCAGUCAUGCUGCAGCAGUCAAAAUGGUUUAUUCAGCAACAACUACAAGAGUUUUACAAGAAACAGCAAGAGCAGUUACAUCUUCAGCUUUUGCAGCAGCAGCAACAGCAGCAGCAGCAGCAGCAGCAGCAGCAACAGCAGCAGCAGCAGCAGCAGCAACAGCAGCAGCAGCAGCAGCCGCCCCCGCCGCCGCCGCAUCCUGGCAAGCAGGCGAAAGAGCAGCAGCAGCAGCAGCAGCAGCAGUUGGCAGCCCAGCAGCUUGUCUUCCAGCAGCAGCUUCUCCAGAUGCAACAACUCCAGCAGCAGCAGCACCUGCUCAGCCUUCAGCGUCAGGGCCUCAUCUCCAUCCCACCUGGCCAGGCGGCACUUCCUGUCCAGUCGCUGCCUCAAGCUGGCUUAAGUCCUGCUGAGAUUCAGCAGUUAUGGAAAGAAGUGACUGGAGUUCACAGUAUGGAAGACAAUGGCAUUAAACAUGGAGGGCUAGACCUCACUACUAACAAUUCCUCCUCGACUACCUCCUCCACCACUUCCAAAGCGUCACCACCAAUAACCCAUCAUUCCAUAGUGAAUGGACAGUCUUCAGUUCUAAGUGCAAGGCGGGACAGCUCGUCACACGAGGAGACUGGGGCUUCUCACACUCUGUACGGCCAUGGAGUUUGCAAAUGGCCAGGCUGUGAAAGCAUUUGUGAAGAUUUUGGACAGUUUUUAAAGCACCUUAACAAUGAACAUGCUCUGGACGACCGAAGCACUGCCCAGUGUCGAGUGCAAAUGCAGGUGGUCCAACAGUUAGAAAUACAGCUUUCUAAAGAACGCGAACGUCUUCAAGCAAUGAUGACCCACUUGCACAUGCGACCCUCAGAGCCCAAACCAUCUCCCAAACCUCUAAAUCUGGUGUCUAGUGUCACCAUGUCGAAGAACAUGUUGGAGACAUCCCCACAGAGCUUACCUCAAACCCCUACCACACCAACGGCCCCAGUCACCCCGAUUACCCAGGGACCCUCAGUAAUCACCCCAGCCAGUGUGCCCAAUGUGGGAGCCAUACGAAGGCGACAUUCAGACAAAUACAACAUUCCCAUGUCAUCAGAGAUUGCCCCAAACUACGAAUUUUAUAAAAAUGCAGAUGUCAGACCUCCAUUUACUUAUGCAACUCUCAUAAGGCAGGCUAUCAUGGAGUCAUCUGACAGGCAGUUAACACUUAAUGAAAUUUACAGCUGGUUUACACGGACAUUUGCUUACUUCAGGCGUAAUGCAGCAACUUGGAAGAAUGCAGUACGUCAUAAUCUUAGCCUGCACAAGUGUUUUGUUCGAGUAGAAAAUGUUAAAGGAGCAGUAUGGACUGUGGAUGAAGUAGAAUACCAGAAGCGAAGGUCACAAAAGAUAACAGGAAGCCCAACCUUAGUAAAAAAUAUACCUACCAGUUUAGGCUACGGAGCAGCUCUUAAUGCCAGUUUGCAGGCUGCCUUGGCAGAGAGCAGUUUGCCUUUGCUUAGUAACCCGGGACUGAUCAAUAACGCAUCCAGUGGCCUGCUGCAGGCCGUCCAUGAAGACCUCAAUGGCUCCCUGGAUCACAUCGACAGCAAUGGGAACAGCAGUCCAGGCUGCUCACCGCAGCCGCACAUACAUUCAAUCCAUGUCAAGGAAGAGCCAGUGAUUGCGGAGGAUGAAGACUGCCCAAUGUCCUUAGUGACAACAGCUAAUCACAGUCCAGAAUUAGAAGAUGACAGAGAGAUUGAAGAAGAGCCUUUAUCUGAAGAUCUGGAAUGAGAACUGACUUGUGAAACCUCAGCGUGAAGGGACAUAUCACUGACCUUCAUAACCACUCCACAACCAUGAAUAUUUGACAAAUUUUUACUGUGACUAUUUAUUAAGCAUGGAUAAAGGAGACAGCCCUAAAGGAACUUAUUAAGCCAGCCCUUUGGGAUUCAGUACCAACAGGCAAAUUGCUUGUUUUCUUCCCUUCCUCUCUCUCUCUUUCUCUCUCUCUCUUUUUUUUUUUAGAAAAAAAAAAGACAAAAACUGAUUUUCUUGAAAAAAAAUAAACUUUCUUUCUAUAAUGGCUUUGCCCAUUUAAAAAAUGUGGCUCUUAAGGGUUCAUGAAAUGACUGAAUAUGAGGAUACAUGUCCUGUAGAAAGCAAACGCGCCUCAUAUACUGCCAAAAAUAGUGUUAGUUUCAUUAAUGUGAAUUUUCCAGCAUUCAGUAGUUGUAAUGUUAGAAACAAUUGCUGGUCAAGUUCAACUUGUUGCUAUUGUUUUUAAUUUGCACAGGAGUAGUAUCAGAAAUUAGUGUCACUGCUUGUAUCUAGCUGAAUUUUAAACAACAGAACAUUAGUUUUUUAUGUUGGUGCCACCAACUGUAAAUGACAUAAGUUAGUUAUUACAAAACACAGUAAUUAGACUGUUGCAACCAUCUAAAACCUUAGGCUUCCAGUCUGUGCUGUUAGUGUUAAGAUGUAAAGUGCAAUCCUAAGCUAACAUUAUCUGUGCAAGCACCAUAGAAACAUUUGCAUAUCUGCAUAGAUCUUACAACUGUACUCUUUACCUCCUUGUGAUAAAGCUUUGUCUACCUGCAAACACAGUCAAAGGCUACAGCUGCAAACCAAAGCCAACUCUAACCAUGGCCAAGAGCUCAAGGACAGAAGCAGCCACAUGCUUUGGUCAGCCUUCUGUAACUUCAAUUAGUACAAAGGAACCUUUUCCAUGAACUACCUGCUGUUUUCUGAUGACCUCUGGGAUCUUUUCAUUUAGCCCUAAACAAAGAAUCAAAUAUGACAAAAACCACAACUAGAAAGUUAAUUCAGUCACAGAGUAAUCUUCUGAGGCCAAAAGUCCAUCUAAACGCAACGAAGAUUUGCUUUCAUUAAAGACAGAGGUGAGGACAAAAUCCGCAGUGGACAUUAUGAUGUGCUAGAAAGCAACAAAUGUGGAUCACUGACCAAAACGAUUAUGUACUUGAUGCAAAUGCAGAUUGCAUAUUGUUAUAUAUAUAUAGUACAUUGUGUUUUUGUUUUCCCCCAUCCAGUCACUUACUUUCGGUGGUGAAUACAUGUUGUUAGAAGAUGACGUGUAUGGUCUGAAUCUUUGUUGUGUACUAUUUUUUAUAGUCUUAAGUUAUAAUGAAAAAACAAAAAGUAGGAACCAAACAUAAACGGUCUAGUAAAGCCAAAAAUUAAUUUCAUAUUGAUUUUAAAGUGAUCUAGCUGAGUUUUUACACUGAAAGCAAAGAUUAUAGCAAUUGUAGUCCAUGGUAUUUAUUUUCAGUCAAACCAAAGUUACAUAUAAUUCUGCCUCUGCUUAUACGGGAUAUUAACACUAACAAUACACUCCCUUUCAAAGACUUGCACAGGCCAAAUUGUUGGAAUGCUGGUUUUCUCGACAACUCCAAACCCCAAAACUAUGAUAAUGCGUUAUGGUGUAGUUGAAAAUAGCAUAGUCAGACGUUUGCUUAAAACCUAGAAACUUUACGUGUUGCUUUUCAUGUGCUGUGCCAAGUCUUGAUAAUACUUUUUCCCCCAACCAAGGGACCUCAUAACCUGAUUAUGGUUAUUGCUUUACAAACAGUUUUGACAGAAGGUGGCUGCUAGAGCUUAACAUACGUACCAGUUCCAUGUGAUGGAGCCGGUUCUUGCAAACUAAGCUCAUCAUUUAUUCUUUGCUGAAGUCAGCAAAUAGAGUUAGAGAGAUACCCAGUCAUCUAUCACACCAAAUAAAAGGACAUAACGGCUUUCAAAAGGGUUUUCCCACAUACCCAAAAGGCUUUCUGAAAGCUUCUACCUCUGCAAAAAAAAAAAAAAAAAAAAGAAAAAAAAGAAAAAAAAUUAGAACAAUUACGGCAGAUUGCAUGAAACGUGAGAACGUCACAGUAACUGCUACUUUUCAUUAUGUUUGUCUUUGGGUCAUGAUCAACGGACGGGAAGUUUCCAAUACGAUAUCAAAAGAAAGAUUGGUAUCGUGAAGGAUGGUUUUCAGUCAUCUAGGAUCCUACUGUAAGGAUUAUGUGAAGGGAAAAUGGGUCUUUCAGGUGCAUGUUCAAAAGGCUUUGAUGGACUGAAAGGAACUGAGAGCUGUACCAUCAGGAGGGUGGCCUAAGACUACGAUGCUAAAGUAUGCAUACCUCAGUUACAAAACUUUUGAAAGGAAGUCUCAGCCACAGAAUGCAUAUACCUGUAGAGUUUUGCAUGGGUUUUAUAUGAAUACGAUUUUAAAAAAUAGCUGCUUGCACAUUAUACCAGAAGAACCUCCCAAACUGCAAUUGCUUUGAAAAUAGAUUUUAGGUUUUUUGGAGUUUUCUGAAAUGCUUGGUCUGUAUUUUGAUAAUUGUGCAUAUUAUGUAAAAAUGUUGGUGGACCCAUAAAUGACCAGACUUUUUCUAAGAAAAAUGUUGCUUUACUGCAUUUCAUGAAUUUUUACUCUUAUAUCAUUGCUUGCUAGUAAUAGCAAAUCUGCUUUUCUGCAUCUGCUUUGCGUAGCUAUUGUAAGGCUUUGAACUGAUGUAUGUAUUUAUUGCUUGAACUUCUGUGCAUACCUUAUAAAGCAUAAUGUCUGACAAUUUAAAUGGCUCAUGUAUUCUUGCUUCUAUCAUAAGCUGAUUAUGGGGACUAUGAUCUUUUGUAUACAGCAAAUUUUAACUGUAGCACAAACAUCUGUUUAUGUAUUGGUGGAAUAUACCUGUUUUAUUUAUCUUUUUUGAGGUAAACUAAUUUUUGAUACUUUUCAUUACUGUGUACUAUGUUCAUACUUUGAAUUCUCUGACAUUAGAAGUCAUGGUUGAGAAUUGUAACAGCUGUUAUUCGUUCUGUAUUCAUGGCUUUCACUGCUGAAUAAAAUAAAGGACCAAACCUAGGAUUUGAAAGAAAACUGUCUACCUCUAACACCAGGGAGUUAUCAGAUUUUAUUUUACAUAGUUUUAGUCUACAAAGACACAAUUGCUUAAACCUAGUGGGCUUAAGGCUUAUAUUCUAUGUGGUUGGAUUCAUGGCACAGUUGUACUGUUUGAAAAUCAAUUAAAAUUUCAUGUGAAUGUUACAACUAUUUGGUAGAAUUACCACUACCUGGGUUUUCUUUAGAUAACUCAGAUAUGGAGAAAAUGUCAUCAGCAUUCUGUGUCUACAGCUGCUUAACUUCAUAAGAAUGCAUUUCUUUGUGAUUAGGGAAUCGAAGAGUAGUCAGCUAGGAAUAGAGCUACAGAAGUACACUUAAAAUAAACCAUCCUGGACUUUAAUGUCCCUGGGCAGAUUCAGUCGCAAAAUCCAUUACACUGUUUUGUAAAGUUCUCAAAUUGGGCGUUCACGUUUUGAAGAAUUUGUGAGACUUCAUCCUGCACAUGCCAAUAUUAACACGCAUUUGGACAAUAGCUUUAUUAAUGCCAUAAAGCUAUUGAAAGGAACACGGCUUACCCUUGUUAUUCCACUACUUCAGGUUGCAAUGAAAGGUGUUUUGUCCACGAACACUUGGCAAAUCUUAGCAAAAAAAAAAAAAAAAAAAAAAAGGAUGUACAUUUUCCUAUAGAAUUAAUGUAUGAACAGUGUGUCACUGCUGUUGGAUGUAAAAAUGUAUAUGAAACCAUUUCAUUCACUUGAUUACAUUUCUGAAGUAUAAAUAAAAAAUCUAAUUCUUUUUGACCCA